AUGGUGUACAUCCGCCAGCAUCAAUUGCCAAAUUUGAAGAGUUACCGGUAUGCAGGUGUCGACCACUCGUUCAUAAGCCGGUACAUUCUUAAGCCGUUCUAUAAUAACUUUGUGAUCCACUGUUUUCCCAUGAGCAUGGCGCCCAAUGCCAUCACCCUGACGGGCUUCCUAUUUGUGAUAAUUAAUCUCUUUACCGUGCUCUAUUACAACCCGACGCUGGACCAGGAUUGUCCCCCUUGGGUCUAUGCCAGCUGCGCACUGGGUCUUUUCCUCUAUCAGACGUUCGAUGCUGUAGAUGGCAUGCAGGCGCGGAGAACGAGACAGAGUGGCCCUCUGGGUGAACUGUUUGAUCAUAGCGUUGAUGCUUGCAACACCGCAUUGGGUGUCUUGAUCUUCUGCUCUACGAUGAACUUUGGCCAAUCAUGGGCUACCGUGUUGACUCUGUUUGGAUCCACCAUGACUUUCUACGUCCAGACCUGGGAUGAGUACUACACCCAGGUUUUGACGCUGGGUAUUGUCUCGGGCCCCGUGGAAGGAGUGCUAACGCUCUGCGUGGUGUUCGCAUUUACGGCCUACGAAGGUGGCGGCAGCUUCUGGCACCGUGCUAUGUUCGACACUGUCGGCGUGCCCAAAUUGGAUUGGAUCCCAGAGGCCGCCUAUGUGAUGUCCUUUACGCAAUGGUACCUGGUUUAUGGUGGUCUGCUCCUCUUCUUCGCCACCGGCUCCAGUAUCUACCACGUCGUGCAAGUCCGUAGAGAACGCGGCCAGGACCCUAUUAAGCCCCUGUUCGGUCUUCUCCCUCUUGUGGCGACCUGGAUCUUCGUCCCGGCCUACCUGUACUUGCAGCCGGCUAUUUUGGAGAACUACUUGAUUCCAUUCGUUCUGUACGUUGGUUUGAUUAACGCCUAUUCUGUGGGCCGGAUGAUCGUGGGACACCUGGUCAAGGCCCCCUUCCCGUACUUCAACAUCCUUCAGAUCCCAUUGGUUCUCGCCGUGUUCGACAGCGCGGGUCCUUUCUUUGGUCUCUGGUCUAGCAUUCUUGGUGCCGAUUUGAGCAGCCAGGUGGCGUUUGUGUUUGUUUCGCUUGGUCUGGCUGUUGGUGUCUAUGGGAGCUUCGUGCAUGACGUUAUCACCACGAUCUGCGAUUAUAUCGAUAUCUGGUGCUUGACUAUCAAGCACCCGCACGUCGAGGAAGCGCAGGCCACUGCCAGAAAAGGCGUUGCCGUUGCGAAGAAGGCCCAGUGA